GUGUUCUUGACAGUCCUCGUAUGACUUGAUUGUGGUAUCACAGCAUGGCAGAUGAUGUGGAACAGUGUCGAGCGGCCUUGAAGAGAUGUCCCCCCAGCCAUUCUGAUCAAUCAGAGUCUCUCAACAAUCUUGCUAUCAGCCUUGGAGACAGAUUCAUGCAGCAGGUGUUCUGUCUAACCUUGAUGAAUGCAUCGAGCUCCAUUGAGGGGCACUACUCCUUUGUCCCCCCAGUCAUUCUGAUUGAUCAUACUUUCUCAACAAUUUCGCCCUUGGCCUUCGAAACAAAUUCAGGCAGCGGGGCAUUCCAUCCUGACCUUGAUGAGUGCAUCGAGCUCCACCAAGUUGCACUACUCCUUCAUCCUCCUGGUCAUUCUGAUCGAUCAUGCUCUCUUGACAAUCUUGCUGUCAGCCUUCGAGACAGAUUCACGCAGCAGGGCGUCCCAUCUGACCUUGAUGAGUCCAAUAAGUCCCAUUGGGCUGCACUACUCCUUCAUCCCCCCGCCUUGGAGACAGAUUCAGGCAGGGGGGUGUCCCAUAUGACCUUGAUGAGUGCAUCGAGCUCCAUGGGGCUGCACUGCUCCUUUGUCCCCCCGGCCAUUCUCUUCGAUCAUACUCUCUCCACAAUCUUGCCAUCAGCCUUGGAGACAAAUUCAGGCAAGCAGGGUGUCCGGUCUGACCUUGAUGAGUCCCUCCAUUGGGCUGUAUUACUCCUUCGCCCCCCCCCCGGUCAUUCCUACCGAUCGCAGUCUCUUAACAAUCUCGCCAUCAGCCUUCAAGACAGAUUCAUGCAGCGGGGCAUGCCAUCUGAUAUUGAUGAAACAUUUAGCUUGCUCUUGCAACUUCCACACAUAUCUUAUGCAGUCUCUCGUGCGGAUCUUACUGCUGCCAAGUCAUGGGCUACCACGGUUGAAGUGGAAGACCAUGGUUCUGCAUUGCUUGCAUAUCAAGCUGCAUUGAAAUUCCUAGAUCAGCAUGUCACUCUUUUGUCCUCUUCGCUACGUCAUUUCGAUGUCUGUUCGUCACGAUGCGCUGUGGAGCUGGUUGAGCAAGGCCGUGCAGUAUUCUGGACCCAGUUGGCACGCUUAAGCUCGCCGUUCGAUGAACUUUCCCUGCCCGGUGACAUUGGCGGAGCCUUGGCGCAAGAGUUCAAGCAGCUCAGCUUUCGCCUUCGUAGCGCAUUCGAUCAGUCCACUGAAGAGCAGUCCCCAGAAAUCCAACAACUGACCAUGCAAUGGAACAAUGUCGUCUCCCGCAUCCGUAUGCUCCCUAACUUAUCUCGGUUUCUUCUACCUCCCUUGUUCUCUGACCUACAGAUGGCCACUAAAGAAGGUCCUGUCAUCAUUGUCGAUGCCAGUCAGUAUGGCUGCGAUGCCUUGAUUGUCCUACGUGACCAAAAUCCUGUCCACGUUCCAAUUGAUGUCACGCGGACCGAAGUCUCCGAGUUGUGCUCCGAUUUUCACUCCGUCGCAGAGCAAUUUGGUUCUUCCAGAUAUCAAAACAAGCUUGCGGGCGUCCUCCACAAGCUUUGGCAUGAUAUCGUUGACUCCGUGGUCCAAGCCCAUGGGGUGUCGGAUGUUCGCCCUGCAGGUCCCUAUGAGAGGGAGGAAGACAACCUGUCACAGAUUUACAACCCCUCUUAUACACCCACGUUGGCGACGCUCGUUCGAAACCCGGAUAGAGAGAAGGAACUGCGAUGCGUCGCCCCUGAGUUAGCCGCCAUAGCUCAGCGUCUCGCACCCAUCGUGUCGUCCUUCACGUCGCUCGAGGACGGCGACGCAACAGUGCAGGGUGUUCUCGAUGCACUAAACCAUAACCAGUGGCUUCACUUGGCCUGCCACGGAACGCCGAAUCGACAACGACCAUUUGAAUCUUCCUUCGCAAUGCGUGAUGGGCCAUUGAUGAUCAAAGACAUCAUCCGAUCAAACUGGCAGAACCCAGAGUUUGCAUUCUUAUCGGCUUGCCACACUACCGUGGGCGAUGAGAAGAGUCCCGACGAGUCAAUCCAUCUCGCCGUGGCGAUGCAAUUCUCCGGAUUUCGUAGUGUGAUUGGCUCUAUGUGGUCCGUCGACGAUAAGGUUGCACGGCAGGUUGUGUCUGCUUUUUACGACAGGUUGGUGGAUGAUUCGGGGAGAUUAGACUGCACGCGGGCUGCGGUAGCGUUGCACAAGGCCGUGAAGAAUUUGCGGCGCAAUAACAUUCCACUGGAACAGCAGAUCGUAUUUGUUCACAUAGGUGUCUGGUUUGAGGCUCGAUUCAUUAUUCUAUUGCAGUUUCUGUGA